AUGAACCAAACGUACCCCACCAUAACUAUUGACCUGGUCCUCGAUCGGCACACCACCAAAGAGGUCCUGCGUGCAGUCCUGCAUUCUAUUCUCUUUCACCGUUUGUUCGGCACGGUGAAGCCACAAAUAUUUGAGCUUUUGGAUGUCACGAUGCCAGGUGUGGAUGAUCCAGACAUGAAGGAACUAGUAGAGAAUAAGGUGGAGGCAUUCUGGAAAGGUAUUGAAGGUGUUGCGAAUAAACGUGGUCAAAUUAUUGUUAUUUUCUCUGAGAAACGACCCCGCAAGACAUGGUUCAUGAUGGGUGAGGAGGAGGUCCCUUGGGAGCAAUGGAUUAUCAACGCGGAGAUCAGGCAACCCACAACUGACAAAGACCGUCAAACGUUUAAUGCCAAUCUGACAUCGACUCUGACCAAGAGCCUAAAGACGAUGCUGACGCAUGCAUCGUCUGACCGUGGUCGUUCGGCGGUUCCAUUAAUAACUAACGCGGAGGGAAUUUCUCCGUUUCCUACGAAGAUCGUUGUGAAAGUGGGUGGUGUGGAAGUGAGUUGA